GUUGAUAAUAAUCAAGCUUUAACAAUGGCUUCCUGCUGCAAUCCUGAUAUGUUUACCUGGAUUCAAAACCUUCCUCCAAUCACUCAAUGGAAAACAAGUUUCAUGUCUGUAUGCAUAUGUUCUUCAUCAAGUUCAUCCCAUCCAUCCCUCAAACUCUCUGUGGCCAAAAACCCUCAUUCUUCAACUCUCUCCAUCUCCAUAGUUGCUGAUUUCAGUGUCUCCAUUCCUCUUUGGGCCUCAAAGCCCUUAGCCAUCAACCCCAACUCCUCAAAACUGUUGGAUGAAGAAGCCAUUUCCUGUCUCGUGCUCAACUUCAUACAAGAUGUCCUUAGCUAUGGCUCAAACAAGAACAGCUUCUUGAUCAGAUUCCCGAAACUCGAAUCCGUGUCAGGUCUCAAAGGCAUCUUCAAUCUCUCAUUUCUCACUCUUGCAUUUCUUAUUUGCAUCUACGAGGCCCCUGUUGAUCUCCGUUCAGCAUGUCUCAAUACUCUCAAGCAUCAGCUGGCAUGCUCGCAGCUGAGAGAAGCUUCGAAAUCGCUGAUGAGACUCCUGGGAUCGAACUUAGAGGAGCAAUGGAUGCGGUCCAUAAACCUCGCCAUCACCAAUUGGAUCGUGGAGCUUCAAGCUACACACCGCACCCUGAUGAAGACGCCAUCCCCGCUGUUCUCAUAUGCAAUUUCAACGUUCGGUUUGUGGAAAGUUCAACUAUACUGUCCUGUCAUAGCCAUGGAUAUAGAAAGUUCAAGCAAUGCUUCUGUUGAUGACCAGAGGCUGCUUUUCUCCCUUCAUUACCACCAGCUUGAAGGGGUUAUCCAAGUCAAUUACAAGGUCAUUGUGCAAGAGAAAUGGAUCGAUGUGAUGCUGAACAUCGAUAACAUAAGAUGUAACAUAAUCCGGCUUGUAAACGAGACUCUGAUGAACGAACGAGGAGUUGGGGCAGACGACAAACAUUUCCCUUCGAGAGUAUCAUUGCAUGUAACCCCAACUCUUCAGUCCAACAUAUUAAGCGUUUCGGUAAGCAAAUCGACAGAGAACCCGGCAAGAGAGAUAGAGAUAGAGAAAAGCAUAGAGACCUCGUUUGAUCCUCCAAACUCUUUCUUGGGACUCAAGGUUUCCGUGGGAGAGACCACGACGAUGAGCAUGAAGCCAUGGAAGUUCGAGCAAUCUGUCAAUGGCUACAGUGGGACCUUGAAUUGGUUCCUUCACGACAGCGUGGAUGGAAGGGAGGUGGUCUCCUCGAAACCUUCGAAACUUGCUUUGAUCAACCCCAAGGCUUGGUUCAAAGACCGGUACUCCAACGUUCACCGGCCUUUCACCAGGCAGGGAGGGGUGAUCUUUGCUGGGGAUGAAUACGGAGAAAAAGUCUGGUGGAAGGUUGAUAAGAGUGCCAUGGGGAAAACCAUGGAGUGGGAAAUUAGAGGUUGGAUUUGGCUAACAUAUUGGCCUAAUAAACAUAGAACAUUUUACAACGAGACUAGGAGCCUGGAGUUCAGAGAAAUCCUCCAUCUCAACAUUGCUUAGCCAAGCUUGUUUUCCCAUCACCAUGUAAACUAGAAGCUGAUCAAAUUCUUCUUGUAUA